UAAAAUCAUAGUCGCCUUUGCAUGAUGCAUCUCGAUGACAGCUGUCGUCCCGAAAUUUCACUUCAAAACGUCCAAACGAAAAGAAAACUUUACGGCGAGCAAAAAUAUGUUUGCCAAAAAUUCCCAUUAAUUAUCGGUGAUAAGCGUGAAAAUUGGUGCAGUUCGAUUCGGGACGGUUCAAGCAAUUUGAGAAGUGCAUUAGUUGAUCGGGUCGAGUGAUCAGUGGCGCGGAAUUAAGCGGGGGAGAAACCGUCUCCUGGCUGGCUGAUCAAAGAAGACAGUGUAGUGAAAUUAGGGCGCCCUCUUGGCCUUGGAAUCGUGUUGCGAAUGGGACCAAGUUGGAAGUGUCACAAGUAUGAGCCAUCGAAACAACGAUAAUAACGUUCCGUGGAACAAUCGGAACCAGCGGAACAACAACAACGAUGGGAUGGGUGGCGGCAACUACAAGAAUUGGGGCGGCGGGAACAACAAUCGGUACGGAGGUCCGGAUAACCGAUACAACAACAGCAAUAAGGACCGCCGUAACUAUCGCGGAGGAUACGGCGGGAAUCGUCGGAGCUACGAGGACCGACGGCCCUAUCGGAAUAACAACUCGUGGAACAACAAUAACGGUGCUCCGGAUGGGAACUAUCCGCGGAACUACCAGAACAACUGGCACCAGAAGCAGCCGGAUCAAAACAACAAGGGGGGCAACAAGUAUGGGCCACAGAUUCAGCAACCGGAACCGGACAUUAUGGCGCAGCAGAUUCCACCCAUGAUGAUCGAUUUCGCGGACAGUGAUCCGGUUGAAGAGCAGGCUCCGGAACGUAGCGUGGAAGCAUCUGGAAGCAAUGAUGGUGCAAAGUCAAAAUCGACGAAUGGAACGACGCAGGACAAAGAGGCCGGACCGGAAAGGACAGGUCCUGAGAGUAAUAGCAAUAAGUCCUGGCUGAAUGAUGAAUUUGGCAGUCCAGGGGAAGGAUUCCAAGGCUUUGCGGAGGAUGACUUUGAGAAGACGCCGAAUGGAAGCGCGAAGUUUGACGGCAAGGUACCCACUCGGGAGGAGAAAGGGAACGUUUCUCUGCAGGAGAACGAGCUCCGAACACUGAUUGUGGACGAAGCUAUGAAGAUCAUAUCGGAUGCCGAGCAGCCUUCUUGUUCGUCUAAUACCAGUCAGAAGAGCUCGUCGGAAACGAUAACUGCGGCGACCACUUCCGCUUCGGCCAGUAGCAAUCCCCCGAAUCCCGAACGUCGAGCUUCGAUUGAACGAAGUGCAGAACAAGUGACCCGCAAGCUCAUCAACCAGCUCACCUCGAUGAACAAGCACAGCUUGAAGCAGGUCAUCAACAAUCCGGACAGCAAGUACGAAACGGCCCUGAAGACCCAUGCUCGGCAGAAAUUGCGCGCUGAGGUUCGACGACAGUUGAGGAACUUCAAUCUGAAUGAAGGUAGUGCCCAAACGAAAACUUCGUGUGGAAUGCUGGAACCGGACGAGUGCGUUGACUCGGACAAGAUUCCGGAAGCCCUGCUGGAACAAAUAGGGAAGGUGCUGGAUUUGAAUCUGCUGGACUUGAAUGUGACGGAAGAAUCGGCUCCGAGUGCAACGACGGCCGCGGGAGAAGAAGACGAUUGCGUGAUAAAUCCCGGCGAAGCGGACUUCUCCGCAACGGAAGUGCUGGACAAGAACCUUCGGCUGACGGAUGAGGACGAGCAGUUCGAUACGGAUGAUUUGUUUGCACGUGCUGAGCUCCUGUUGAUGAAGGGAAGUGAAUCCGUCCGGCAGGGAAAUUCUUCGGGUCCCAGCUCGCCAACGGAUGAGAUGUUCCCCAAUGAACAGAUCGAUUCGAUUGUCAGUGAGGACAACGGAGUCGACAUGCAAGACCCGGAUGCCGAUCCCGACCAGGAGCAGAUCGAGAGGAUGCUGGAUGAGCGCCUGGCUCCCUCGUUUCCUUGCUUUCUGAGAGUUAGCACGGUUGAAGAGCUCAACAAAAAGGUGGAUGACUUGCCUGUGCCGAAGACAGAGGAAGAGGAAGAGCAAACAGAUGACACGGUUCCUAUUGUACUGUCUUCAAUUCAGGUAGAUAGCCAAACCAAUGAUGAAAUUACACCUGAAGUCAAUGCCACUCCUCCCGUUGCCGACAAACUUCCAGAACCAGAAAAUCCACCUGUUGAGGCAAUUGCCAUUGAUCUUGAUCAAACAAGGGCAGUAGUUGAAAGUCCUACCUUACCUGCUAAAGAAGAAACUGCCGAAGAAACCAGUGAACCAGUUGUCCCAGCUAUCUCAGCUGUCCCAGUAACUGUGGAAGUCGCAGCAGAAACAGUAACUCCUCCAGUGGAGGACAAACCCGCCGAAAAGCCUCAAGAACAGGACAUCGCUCCUACCGUUGCAUCCCCUCAGAAAGUGACCACCCCGGAACAACCUUCCCCGGCAAUCAUUCGUGCACCAACGCAUCCCGAACUGGCCGCUCGCAAACCCAAAGGCUCUAAAACCUACAAACCAAAUCUCGUCCAGCACGAACAUCCGAAACGCGAUGGGGCCAAACCAUCAACAGGAUCACCAUCGCGACCACCGUCCUCCUCCUCUUCCUCCUCAACUUCCAAAGCACUUGCAAAGUCCGGCAGCUCUUUGAAUCUCGCCCCUUCCAAGCCGAGCAAACCCCAGAACCCCCUGGACAAGAACGAUUCCACCAGCAGUCGAGGACGAAGUCGAUCAAGGCGAGACACUGCCAGCGGUCAAAACCCUAAAGAUCCUAAAGAAGCACCACCGAACAACGCCACCAGCGAAUCCCUUCCCAGUGCAACGCCCAGUGUUCAGCCACCAUCGGCCGGAAGUUCCCCAGCUCCCCACCACCCACAACCCUCGGAACAACCUCCGCAACGCUCGGCCCGAGCGAAAACACCGGGUCCGGCGCUGGCCGGCGGACCGCAGGACCAUUCGUCCUCGCUGGGAGUGAAGAAGAAGAAGAAAAAGAAGCGCAACAAGCGGAAGGAUCGCUCGCCUCCACCCGACCUGGGCAUGAUGCUGGAGUGCGACCUGCGGGUUUCGCGGCCCGCUGUCACGCCCACGCCGCCGCCGGUGCAUUCGCGUGAACCAUCUUCUCUGAAGAAGAACCCAGAGCCGGAUCGUAGCAGCAGUAGCAGUAAACCUUCCCGGGAAACCCGGGCCAAGUCGGCCGACCCGAAGCUGUACUACGAAUCGAAGAGGGAUCGCGACCGUAAGGAUAAGGACAGGGACAGAGAUAGAGACAAGCAACGGAUUCGAGACGACGAAGGGAAGAAAAGUAGAUCCAAGGAGGAAAAGAAAGAGACGGAUAGGGACAGGGAUAAGGUUGAUAACAGGGAUCGGGAGAGCAGAAAAGAAAAGGAAGCGGAACGUGAAGAUGGAAACGGUUCGGAUGUAGGAAAGCCAGAUCGGAACGAACGUAAGAAAUCGCCGGCUCCUAAGGCAUCGGCAACAGCAAAGCAUUCCAAUAAGGAAGAACCCAAAGAGAUUCCCAAGGAAGUUGCUGUCGAGAAGGAGAAGGAAUCAUCGAAGGAUGACAAGGAAAUUAAAGUAAAGGACUUUGCUCGAGAGAAGGAAAGCGUAUCCAAAGACAAAGAAGAAAAAGAUGUUCCAGAUGGUAGGGAAGCUAAGGGAUCAGAUGACACGCAGGCAGUGAAAGAGAUAUCUGAAACACCCGCAGAGCAAACCAAACCAGCAAAGCCGGAAAAGAAGAAAAAGAAGAAGAGUUUGUUGAAGGGUCCUAACUUGAUCAAAGGUCGGCGAGAGGUCGUAGAGGUAGCGGAAGCUGUUGUCGAAGAGCAAGCGAAGCAGAUCGAAGAAGUUGUAGUGGUCAUCGAGGAUACGCCUCCGCCGUCAGUUAGUCAGCCGCCUAGUGAACCAGAAGCACCUCCACAAACCCGGAACAAACAGAAGGACACUGCCGUAAGCUCAAAGCAAUCACUUCCGGUGGCGCCAGCUACCACUCCUGUCGAGCAUUCAUCGGCGAUGACGACUUCAGCAACUUUGCUCAUGCAAAGAACGGCAUCUCCACGGCCAUGGAAAUCGCCAGGAGAGAAGAAAAUAAUCCCACCAGCAAUAUGCUCCAUGAUCACCCAUCAUCCCAUGUCUCCCCCAACGCCAGAGCGACCUCGGAAGACCCCUACGCCAACGCCACCAUCUCCAGUGAGGUCACCGGAACCAUCACAUCAUCCGCAACGUAUCCAUUUAGCUGCCUCACCCGUGGUCUUGCCCCAAGCAGAUUUGCUUGCCAGGCUUCCCAUUCAGUCUAGCAUUGCUCCCUUGGUGGCCACUACGAUAACUCCACCGGAAAACUCCUUCGCACCGGUUAUGGCCCUACUCAAUCAAAUGCAAGAGAUCGACAACAAAAUGAGUGACUUCCAGCGCCGCAAGAUGCAAAUCGACAGCGAAAUGAUGCGACUCAAUUCGGAGAAGUUCCAGAUCGAUCAGAACUCCAUGCAGCUCCAGAACGAACGGUUCAUGCUGUUGAACACCCUGCGAGCUGUCCUGGUGGAAUGUGAACUCAAAACGCUGGCUUCCAUGCAGAGUGUUUCCCAUAUGCCUGCAGCCGCAAUGAGUCCCGCCCUGGCAAAUCGCCGACGUAACCCGGAAACGGAACCCGAAUCAGCUCCCAGAACCAAACGAAGGAAAGAGACGCAGCAAGAGCAUGAGAUGUCUGCCACCGACCAAUCCUAUCGACAAGUGCCAAUAUCGUCAUCCGCAACCGAGCUCUCUGAACCGGAAGAACCGACCACCCCGAGCAGCAGUGUGGCGACAGGUGGCGAGCGAACCAUUCGUCGCAUCACCAAAAUCAGCGGGAACACAGAAAUCCUGAAGCUGUUCCAAAGAAGACGGCUCAUCUCGGAUCGGUCCACCGAGGAAAGCCAACCGGAAGAUAACGGUGCUCCGCAAGUGGCGGCCAGUGUUCCAACACCGACGACGACGACGACGACGACAGUAGAGAAACCAACGGCAGCGAAGCGUCGAAGAACUCGCACCUAUGGCGGCGGAGGAACUAUCGAUCAAAGCCAAGAACCCAGCACCGCCAUACGGUUACGAAGCGAUUCGACGCGUUCGGUUGAGUCGGGGAAGUCGAUCGAAAUCGUCGAUCAUCCGCCAGUGGUCCCUGCGGCUACCGCCACCCGACUGAAGAAGGACGAGGAGAUCCCUCUGGCCAAACAUCGGGUUCUGCUGCCCCGGGAAGUCAAGGUGGUGAUCAACCGGCUCAACGUGGCCAAAAAGCGAGGUGCCAGCGAAACCACUUGAUUGUGGACCCGGAGGAGACCCAGAGCAGCAAGUCAAUGACGAAUUUCAUUAAGUAGGUUUUUUAAAUACUUCUUUACAUACUCUUUCCUCAUGGAGUCUAUCUAGGAACAUCAAAAAAUGCCUUGGAAACUUGAAGUUGCAACCCUCUUUUUUCUAUCUUACUUACUUUUGACUACUUAGUUUAAGUUACUUCUUUCAUUAGCAAAUCCUCCAUCAUUUAUAUUGUAAAUAGACUGACUUGUGCGUUCAGGAAUGCGAAACAGUCCUCAGCAAAACGAAAUUAUUACAAGGGAUGAGUCUCAAGCUAAGCAAAACAGAAAGAAACUGAUGUACGUAGAUUUAUAGGUACAGGUGUUAGAGUUUACAGCAACCGAGAUCAACUGAUUGAGAAAAUAUUUAACAACUACGUUAAGAACAUUACUUCUCUCGGCACACAGUAGUAUUUUCGCUGGGAGAAAUUGAUGCAACCUUUAUUUGAUAAGCAGAAGAUUAUCCUAUCCCCCACACAUCAUCUGGUCAUCACAAACCGGAGGACCGCGGAUAACACAUAUAGGUACCUACCUACAUUUGCGGCCAUGUUCAGUCAAAACGAAACCAGAACAUAAUUAACGUAUAGUAGCUAUUGCACCAAGGAAUUCAGGAUCGAUUCAGAAACAUCAACUAGAACACAUUAUAUAGUACAUAGUAGAAUUUACACCAGGCAAAUGUGGGCAGAAAAGUUAAAAAAAAAACUUCAAACUGUCAAUGUCAAUCAA